AUGCGGCUGGGGGGGCAAUCGCUGCUGCACGCUUUGCACAAGGCAGCGGGAUUCCCGGGGGCAACAACGGUGUACGCGAAGAUACGGGAGCGCUCGAUGAAGUUCGCCCUCUGUGCGUCGGCUGACGUUGAGUGUCUGACUGCAGCCAUCACCGCCAACCUGGAGCGCUUCGUCUCGCUGUACAAAGGAGAGAAGAGAGUUAUAAUCCUGCAGAUGGACGAGCUCGCUACGGAACAGCGUGCGAGAUACGACCAAGAGGGGGAUAACAUUGUCGGUUUGUGCGUGCAGUGCACUCCCCGCAAGAACACGAAGUUCGGUGGCGUGAGCAGCGUGGAAGAAAUUGCGGGCAUGCUCGACAAAGGGGAGUGCCACAUCGGGCAUCAACACACAGUCAUCUCCGGAGCUGCUCUCGGGGAUCGCCCAUACCACGCAGUGCCAUUGCUGGCGUUUGCGGUCUGCAACGAGCCGAAUCCUCUCCAGCAGCAACUCGCUUUGAGAACGAUCCUGGACGUGUGGAACUCGAACCCCGCCUUCGGUAACACCCUCGGCCCUAUCGUGCUCGUGUGUUCGGAUGGGGAUGCGGUGAGGCGCAAAGUGUUGCACGACCUCACCAGCGGUGGCACAUCGGACGUCUUGAACGUUUUCAAGCUCAUGGACAAGACAACCAGUGUAGAGGGCCUCAUGCAGUGCUUUGAUUUGAAGCACUGCGCGAAGCGAUAUCGCACGAAGGAUAUUUCGAAGAAGGGGGUCCGUGUGUCGGGGGGACUUGCGCUCAACCGCGACACUUAUCCCGAGCUUUUUCGGGUGCACGACGGCAAUCCUGAGGCCACGUACGACGCUCUGUUCAACCCGGACGACACGUGA